AUGACUUUCAAGCAAGACAUUCACAUUGGGCAGACUGUACUUGCUGGGUCACACAUCUUAGACCUGAACCAGAAACUGCACACUGUCCCCGACUGUAGAGGUCCAUGUGCACGCUGUUUGCAGCGGCCAUACCCAAGUGCCUGGGUUCAUCCCGCGUGCUACGACAUCUUGCGGAACAACUAUGAACCCGCCACAAUGCCUACCCUGGAAGAUCUAAAGAGGUUGGCUGAUGCAACCAAGCCUCUCUAUAACUGUCAACAUAAGGAACACAGAGAAACCGAGUCGGUUACAGAAGGACUCUUCAGCAAUCAUACGAGGGAAAUCAUCCAAGACAGCUUUAGACAAGACUUGUUGGCCCAAUUGCCGGUUGAAAUAAUAACUAUGAUCUCCGAACUACUUACUCCAUGCUGGUACCUGACUGUGCUUGGCGAGGCACGUCGAUUGAUUGAGCACCUGAGGGAUAAAGGUGGGACCCAGAGUAAGCAGCUGAGUUUAGCACCGGAGAUGUGGAUGUCCAGAAUAACAUACCGCGGAACCUCUUACGUGACCCAGCUCAGCGGCAAACCGCUCGAAUCAACAGGCCCCUCCGAACAACGCCACAUCAAGCUACCUGACAAUAUCAGCACGAUAAUUCUGUCAGUUGACUGCAUUGGUACACGCGGGAUCCAAUUCGUGGAUCAGAAGUCGGAUCCCACGUACGAUGGGUCACCAUGGUAUGAGGUUAUGGACGUGAGAGACGAUGACCUGGAAGUCGGUGUGAGCUACGAUGGCCUUUACAUGAGAGGCAUUCAACUCACCUCAAGUAAUCCAUCGACAUACAGGGCCUGGAGCUCUCCUUUCCCGCCUCUAUUUCACCCAUGGAAUUUCUACCAAGUCCGUCCUAAAUCUCGCCUGGACUACAUUAAAUUCGAUUCCCACACCCGAGGUAUCCUUGUCUGCUGUGCCAACUCCAUGGCUGUUGGGAUCCACGGUUUUUCAGAUGUAUCGAAAACAUUUAGAGAAUUCAUCGAUUUGAUGAAUCGACGGAUGGGUAACAGCUACAAGCACUGGAUUUACUUCCCACUCAAUACCCAUGAACAUAUAAAAGCAGCGUGGAUCCGGAAGUUGAGAAUGUGCCGUGGGCCGGCCUCUAACCCUGUCUUAGUACUCGCAACCUCGCUAGGAAGAACGAUCACAUUCGGACCCCAAUUUCCAGCUCGAAUUCUCGAUCAAUACGAGUACCACCCUUUGGUGCGGGACGGAGACGGGGCGAUUUCGGGGAUUUUCCAUGACGGAUUGAAUCCAGCCGUAAAGUACACAUCGGAAUUUGGAGUGACCUGCAAUGGCCAACGUCAUGUCGAACCGUCGGAGCCUCCACCCAUGGACACACCCAUCUCUGAACCCCCGGCAGUCCCUCCCGGUCGAGGCUCGAUCGCCAGUACGUGGUACAUGACCCAGGCACCACUCAAAGACCUCGUGAAGGUACGGGUGUGCAGGGAUCGAGAACAGCCACACCGUCCAUGUCUGGGUUUCCUUCUGUUUUACAGCGACGGGCAUAUUGAGUCGAUCGGACAGGUGCGCUGGGACUACGAUCUAAACCAAGAGUGUUCUAGGCCUUUGUACGUCGAGAACGGCGUCGUCAGUGGACGGGAUUACAUCAAGGACAUCCGAAGUGACAUCGAUGAGACUGAGAUUCAUGGAGAAGAAAGCAGAUGGCAAAGGCUACCAGAGCAUGGGAUCAUCAAACGCACAAGGCAACAUCGUAUUCUGAGAAUCAAUAUCAUGAGAUGCGCUCGACCGCGAGAGCCAGCUGGUAACCCAAUUCUAUCGACAUGGCCGUACAGUCUUCAUCGUUUGGACGGCUCGUCUGAUGAGUUGAGCCUCUGA